UUUCGCUUCUCUUCUCGUCUCUCCUCUCCUCUUCUACCGAAUUUGAAAGUCCAACCACCGACCUUCUCUCUCUUCGUCUAUAAAUACCAAUGUUUUUCUUCUCACUGCCUUGGAGCGCAAGCCAACGAGGAGGAGAAGGCCAUGGCGGAUCCUUGGUUCAUCAUCUUCCUCUUCUUUGUCAGCGUCUUAUUGCCUAUCGUCGUUGUAUACCUCGCUUACAAGCACGACGAGCCGGUCGGCCCUCCGCGCUCAGCAGAGAUCGGUAAGCCUCCUGUGCCUGCAACCUCAGUUCUUACCUCGUCGUCGCCGCCGCGAUCGGAUCGGCCGCGGAGGAGGCGGCGGGCGAAAAACCAGGAACCGGCUCCCGGCGAUCUAGGGCUCCGACCGCCGGUGCCUCCGGCCGCUUCCACCUCCGUUGCAGGGGCCGAUCGACCGAGUAGGACGAUACGGGGUGGCGCUAAGUCUCUGGGUGAGGCUAGCGCGUCUAGUGGUGUUCCCUCGCCACCCGAUCUCGCUGGACAGAGGGCAAUCAUCCGAGAGAUCGUUGAGAUUGAACUCGAGAAGGAAAUCGCCGAGGGUAAAGUGGGUGCUCCUAGCUCUCGAGAACCUCGUGGAAGGAAAAAAGACAACAGGGUGGAGAUUGGUAGAGGUAAUGAUGAUUUCGUCAAAGAUGAAGUGGAUGCGGAGAAAGAGGGCGAGAUGGCUGUGGAUCUGGAUGAGGGAGAUUUGGAAAGAAAGAGAGAUGCUAGGGCAUUGAGUGAGGAGAGGAGAGAAUCCUGGCUACACUGCGACGAUGAAUGGGAAGGGAUCGAGUUGAGCGAUGUGCAGAAAGUGUUCAGAAUUGCGACCCAGUUUGUUGAUGGAAAGAAGGGCGCGGAAGCAGUGUCGAAACUGAGUAGCGAGUUGCAGAUGCAGCUGUAUGGACUCCGAAAGGUUGCGACCGAAGGUCCUUGCUAUGAGCCACAACCCAUGGCUUUCAAGGUUUCUUCUCGCUCCAAAUGGCAUGCUUGGCAAAGAUUGGGGAACAUGAAUCCAGAGGUUGCCAUGGAAUUGUACACCAGUCUUCUCUCUGAAAAUGUUCCAGAAUGGUUUGCGGAAAAAUUAUGGGAGACUAAAGUAGACCGUGUGUCGGGGAUAGAUCAGCAUGAUCCAAAGGUUUCGUCUGAUCUUAAUACUGAUACGUGGUAUGGCUGAUAUUCAAAUUAUUCCAUUCAAAAUAAUUCCAAUAUCUGAUGACAUGGUUCCCCUCUUUUGGUUGCUCCGACUCGUCAGCUGACUUGUGUCAUGACUAAAAUUUUCAUCUAAGGUGUCACUGGCAAAGUGGAUAAAGGUCUCAGACUAUCUGAAAAGGGCUGGAAGUUGCCACCAUUCAACCAGUUCUCACCCACACGAACAACUUUCUGAAGCAAGCUUCCUGCAUGGGUACCCUUACUUAUCAACUACUUUGAUUUCUUAAUGCACACGUGGCAAAAGGCCACGAGCUCUAAUUUUAUUAUAUAUUUAGUUUGAAAAAUGAUUUUCUAAAUUGUGUUUAUAUAGAAUAUCAUUGUUUA